GCACAUGUAACAGCAGUGUGUAACGGCAAACUCGCCCAUUCCACGUGACGUGCCUCCCCACCUCUCUCUCUCUCUCUCUCACCGCACCAAGCAUCGAGUAGUCGCCACUAGAGAGUGAGUGACUGUACCAAACCAAGAAAGCCACGGAUUAAUUCUCUCUCUCUCACACACACACAGUGGUUACAGGCAAUUCGGUUGCAGAAAAUCAAGGGAAAAAUCCAGCAAGAUCUUGUAAUUGAAACUGAUCCUCUCCGAGCAUGAAGGCCAAAGCUGCCGUCUUGAAUCCUUCUCUCAUAGUUUUGGAGCACAAGAGGGAUGCCUAUGGGUUUGCUGUGAGACCUCAGCACUUACAAAGAUAUCGUGAAUAUGCCAAUAUCUACAAGGAGGAAGAGGAGGAAAGAUCAGAUAGAUGGAAGGAUUUCUUGGAUCGACAGGCGGAGUCUGCCCAACUGGCUGUAAAUGGGUUAUCCACCAAGGAAGAUAGCACAAUAUUGCAUGCUGAGACUACCUUGCAGGAUGCUGAUUUUAGCUUAGAGAAUGGUGUCACAGGAGAUUAUUUAAAUGACAAGAAGGGUUUUGAUGGUUUGACUGAAAAUGUUACACAAAAGGAAGAUGAACCAAUGGAGGCAAAAACUCAUAGGGCCCAAAUAUGGAGUGAGAUUAGACCAUCACUUCAUGCCAUUGAGGAAAUGAUGAGUCUCCGUGUAGUGAAGAAGAUCAAUGGAAUGAGAAAUGAGCAAGACGCUGGGGUUGGAAAGCCACUUUCUUCUAUUGAAGAGGGUAGACCUGCAAAAGGAGCAUCUGAAGAGGACUCUGAGGAAGAGUUUUAUGAUGUGGAAAGAUCAGAUCCUACUCAAGAUGUACAUUCGAAUGAAAGUGUGACUGUCCCUUUAACAGGUGCUACAGUUGACAUGGCUUAUUCAGAAUCUUUAUUUCCUUGGAAUGAAGAAUUGGAGUGUCUUGUUCAAGGGGGAGUUCCAAUGGCUCUCAGGGGAGAGCUUUGGCAAGCUUUUGUGGGGGUGAGGGCACGACGGGUGGAGAAAUAUUAUCAAGAUUUGCUAGCUCCAGACUCAAAACCAGGUGAUGGUGCGGAACAUAAAAGUUCAGAAUCUGACAUCAUCAACGGACCAACGACAGACUUUUUAUGUGUCCCUGAGAAGUGGAAAGGGCAGAUUGAGAAGGAUUUACCUCGAACUUUUCCGGGUCAUCCUGCUCUGGACGAGGAUGGUAGAAACGCUUUGAGGCGUUUACUUACAGCAUAUGCUCGGCAUAACCCCUCUGUUGGCUACUGCCAGGCCAUGAAUUUCUUUGCUGGCUUAUUACUGCUUCUGAUGCCCGAGGAGAAUGCCUUUUGGGCUUUAAUGGGCAUUCUUGAUGACUAUUUUGAUGGCUAUUAUUCAGAGGAAAUGAUUGAGUCUCAGGUUGACCAACUAGUUUUUGAGGAGUUGGUGCGCGAGAGGUUUCCUAAAUUGGUUAAUCAUCUGGAUUACCUGGGAGUGCAGGUGGCAUGGGUUACUGGACCGUGGUUCCUUUCGAUAUUUAUGAAUAUGCUUCCAUGGGAAAGUGGUCAGUUCUUAGAGUCUGGGAUGUGCUUCUUUUUGAAGGAAACAGAAUCAUGCUAUUUCGAACAGCACUUGCUUUAAUGGAAUUAUAUGGACCUGCAUUGGUUACAACCAAAGAUGCUGGGGAUGCAGUUACUCUACUACAGUCACUGGCUGGCUCAACAUUUGAUAGCAGUCAACUUGUCUUGACAGCUUGUAUGGGUUACCAAAAUGUAACUGAGGCCAGUUUAGUAGAGUUGAGAAAUAAACAUCGACCAGCUGUAAGAGAUGCAGUUGAGGAGAGAUCAAAGGGACUACGGGUUCUGAGGGACUCCCAGGCUCACAUGGAUUCUGGGUCCGCUAAUGGGGAUGGAUUCUUUAUGAACCUGAAUGGGAAUGUGGAGAUAGACUCUGUUCCUGAUCUUCAAGAACAGGU